GGGCGCUCUCCCACCCCCGGCGCACACGCACACGCCCGGCUCACACGCACGCGCGCACACUCACGCGCAGGGCACUCCGCGGGAGAGAGGCUAAGUGGGCGGCGGCGGGCCGUGCCGGGCUGUAUCCGGUUCUCUGGCCGAGGCCGGGGCCGUUUGUGACCCAGGCGGGGCGAGGAAGCCGGGCGGCGGGCGGGCGGGCCUGGGCCUGGGCCCCGGCGGGGCGGGGCGGGACCAUGUCUGCUGAGAGCUCCGUCCCCCCGCCCGAGGAGCCGGCCUCGGCGGCCGAGCUGGGCCUGCCCCCGCUGCGGGAGCGGGAGCCGGAGAGAGCCGGGGCCGCCGCCCCCGGAGCCCGAGGGGAGCCUCCGCCGCCGCCGGCGCCCCCCGCCGCCAACGCCGCCGCCGCGCCCGCGCCCCUGGGCCACAGCGUGCCCCAGGCGGCCGUGGCCGUGAAGCCCCUCGGACUGCCCUUGGCCCACAAGCCUCCGGAGCCGGGGAGCCCCCCGGGGCCCGAGGACGACGACGACGACGACGACGCCGACGGCGAUGAGGACGACGGCGAAGUGGCCGCCGUGAGGGAGCGGCCCCGGGCCCCGCCGCCCAAGGAGAACCCCUGGACCAAGAAGCCGCCGCCGCCGUCCGCGCUGCUGCCGCCGGCCGUGGUGGCCGCCGCGCCGGGCCCGGGCCCGACCCCGGCCGCCUCCGCGCCGCCGCCGCCGCUGCUGCUGCUGCUGCCGCCCGAGCCCGCCGAGCCAGAACUAAGUUCCACAAAAAUUAUAAAAGCGGGAAAACCCAAGACAAAGAAAACUAACAAGGCUAGUGAUUUCAGUGACAUCACAAAUUGGCCAACACCAAGUGAAUUAGUGAACAAUGAAAAUUUUUUACAGUGCCAGAAUGCUACCAGUCAACCAAAUAAGAAGCCACAAAACAGAAAAGAAAAGGAAGAAAAGACUGAAAAGAGAACCAGCAAUGAGAGCAAAGAAAACCGGGAAGCAAAGCUUGAUGGCCCUGGAGAAAAUGUCAGUGAGGACGAGGCCCAGUCAAAUAAUCAAAGAAAAAGAGGAAACCUGCCAUAUUCUGUAUCCUGUGUGAGGACUUCUUUGUCAAUUUCAGCUAAUAAGCACAAGUGGGUACCACUUCAUUUAGAUGAUGUGAGACCCGAUAGCCAAGAAAGACCAGGAUCACGGAACAGCUCCCGAUCUCAGCCGGAAGCCAACAAGUCAGCGCAGAACAGCCGGCGAAACGACUCACGAAGUUGGAGACGUGAUAGAGAGAAGAGAGAUGAUCAGGAUGAAGUUUCCAGUGUGAGAAGUGAAGGUGGUAAUAUUCGAGGUUGCUUUAGAGGUCGAGGAAGAGGACGUGGCCGGGGCCGAGGCCGAGGCCGAGGAAACCCUCGAAUGAACUUUGAAUAUUCGUAUGGGUAUCGAGAACAGCAUGGUGAAAGAACGGAUCAGCCAUUUCAACCAGAACUUAACACUAGCAUGAUGUAUUACUAUGAUGAUGGUACAGGAGUUCAGAUGUAUUCUGUGGAUGAAACACUGCUCAAAGAAUACAUUAAGCGGCAAAUUGAAUAUUACUUCAGUAUAGAAAAUUUGGAACGGGACUUCUUUCUUAGGAGGAAGAUGGAUGAACAAGGUUUCUUGCCUAUUUCUCUGAUUGCCAGUUUCCACCGUGUUCAGGCCCUGACUACAAAUGUUAAUCUCAUUUUAGAGGCUUUGAAAGACAGCACGGAAGUGGAGAUAGUGGACCAGAAGAUGAGGAAAAAGGUGGAACCAGAAAAAUGGCCAAUUCCUGGCCCUCCUCCACGUAACGUGCCACAAACUGACUUCUCUCAGCUCAUCGACUGCCCAGAGUUCAUACCAGGCAAAGCCUUUGGCUCACAUACUGAGUCUGCCCCAAGCUCUCCAAGAAUGGGAAGUCCAUUGAGUCCAAAGAAAAAUAUUGAAACAAGUAACCUUCAAACAAUGUCUAGAGGGUUGUCUACCAGUUUGCCUGAUCUGGACUCGGAGCCUUGGAUAGAAGUAAAAAAGAGGCAUCGUCCGUCCCCAGUUAAAUUAAAGGAAUCAAUGGCCACCUCUGAAGAAGCAUCGAACCAACCCCAACAACCUUCAGAGGAACAAGAACAAGAAGAGCUUGAUUUUUUAUUUGAUGAAGAAAUGGAACAAAUAGAGGGACGAAAAAACACAUUUACUGAUUGGUCUGAUAAUGAUUCAGAUUAUGAAAUUGAUGACCAGGAUUUAAACAAGAUCUUGAUUGUGACUCAGACACCGCCUUAUAUGCGAAAACAUCCUGGUGGGGAUCGUACGGGCAACCAUGUGUCCCGUGCAAAAAUUACAUCAGAACUUGCCAAAGUCAUCAAUGAUGGCUUAUAUUAUUAUGAACAAGAUUUGUGGAUGGAGGAAGAUGAAAAUGAACAUGCAACUAUGAAGCAAGAAGUUGAGAACUUUAAGAAGCUAAAUCUAAUUAGUAAAGAGCAAUUUGAGAAUCUAGCACCUGAACCUCCCUUUGAGCCAAAUCUAGACGUUCCUGUAGGACCUUCACAGUCUCAGCAAGAAUUGACUGAUGAGCUGGCUCAUAAAUUAUUUGGUAUUUCAGAAGUGUCUGCAACAACAAUGGCUCGUUCCUUGCCAACAGCAGUUCCAGAAUCUCCAAGAGUUCACCCUGCAAGAACGCCCAAAACACCCCGGACGCCCCGACUACAAGAUCCAAACAAAACACCGAGAUUUUAUCCUGUUGUGAAGGAACCGAAAGCCAUCGAUGUGAAGAUCCCGAGAAAGAGGAAAACACGGCACAGCACCAACCCCCCUCUAGAGUGCCAUGUUGGCUGGGUGAUGGACUCCAGAGACCACAGGCCGCGAGCGUCCUCCCUCAGUAGUUCAAAUGCUUCACCUUCAGAAGGUGCACCUCUGGUAGGAAGCUAUGGAUGUACCCCUCAUUCUCUCCCAAAAUUCCAGCAUCCUUCUCAUGAACUUUUGAAGGAAAACGGCUUUACACAACAAGUAUAUCAUAAAUAUCGUCGAAGGUGCCUAAAUGAGAGAAAACGCUUGGGAAUUGGCCAGUCCCAAGAAAUGAAUACCCUCUUUCGUUUCUGGUCCUUUUUUCUCAGAGACCACUUCAAUAAGAAAAUGUACGAGGAAUUUAGACAACUUGCCUGGGAUGAUGCAAAAGAGAACUACAGAUAUGGGUUAGAAUGUCUGUUCAGGUUUUAUAGUUAUGGACUGGAAAAAAAAUUCAGACAAGAGAUCUUCAAGGAUUUCCAAGAAGAAACCAAAAAAGAUUAUGAAUCAGGUCAGCUGUAUGGACUAGAAAAGUUUUGGGCUUAUCUAAAAUACUCCCAAUCUAAGACUCAGUCUAUUGACCCAAAACUUCAGGAAUACCUCUGUAGUUUUAAGAGGUUAGAAGACUUCCGAGUUGAUCCUCCUAUUAGUGAGGAAUUUGGGAGAAAAAGACAUUCUUCAGCUUCUACUGGUGAGGAAAGUAGUCGCCGUAGACCUCCGUCUAAUUCUUCUUCAAAGCCACUCAAUGCUGCCAAACCUGCUGCUACCCACCAGCCUCAGGUCCCAAUAAACUCUCCCCGAAGGAAUGCUUCACAGGAGUCCAUUGACAAUUUACCCCAGAACAGCGCUGCCUCAGAAUCAGCAGACGGCGAGAUGCCUGAGAAAUAGACUCUUGUGAAAGCUGUUUGCCCUUGAAAUCAGCAUUUACAUCAGUAUUUUAUUUCAAGGAUCUUUGGGGAAAUGUUUUCAUGCUUGAUUGUGGGGGGCUGGAACAAAGAAAGGGAAGACAGAGGGUAGCAUCUCCUAACACAAGAGAAAUUCCAAACGUUUUCCCCUAAUUUCUAGUGAAAUAGGUUAGGUUUGGGGACCUUCAAUAGAGAUCCUCUAGUAAUGUCUUUUGGUUUCAGUAUUUCUGUCUUAGAGCUAUUGUUUACAAAAACCGCAUUCCCUUAUUACAUGCAACAACAAAAUUUGGAAUGCCUUACAUUUCAGCUCAUGCUUCUUAAAGAAGAAAGAGUUUGUUUUAUUCACCUCAGCCAUAGAGCUUUCUUCACCCAUUUCCCCCAUUAUCAACUAAGAUUUGUACUUAUCAAAGACAAAGGAAGAUUACGUGUGUAUAUUUUAAAUUCAGAAAGAGGAUCUGAAGCAAUACGUUCACUCCCAGAUAUAUAAAUAUUAAAGGAAACCUUUUUUACACAAGCGACAGACACGGGAGGACCUGUAGUUACAUUGAAGUGUAUGCACUUUGGGUGCUGGGCUUUGGCUUUUUGGGGUGGGGGUGGGGAACUCAUAUUCAAGAUCUCCAUAGUUAGUGUUGUGUUGGGUAUGACAUCUAUCUGCUGGUUAAGUUUUAGGAGAGAUUUGCUUUUUAAAUGGAUUCUUAUACAUGAACUUGAGCAAGUAAUUGAAAACUGGGUUAGGGCUGAUUUGAGUCUUGUCCUCAAUUCAUUAAAUCUUGCACUACUUGAAAUGCAUCUGCUGUUCAUACAUCCGCAGGUGGGUAAUACGACAGCCAGAUUAUCCUCAGUUUAAGAGGUAUUUCGUUUUUUCCAUUUUGUUUCUUUUAACCCUUAUUUUGUGCUCAUAAAGUGUUUACAAGAGAGUUCUAGCAGAUUGAUUUGUAAUUUUUUUUUUUUGCCAUUUCAACUGAUGUAAAUGAUAGUUUGAGUUUAUUUUGUGGGAAAUUAAAAAAUAAAGCAUUCAUUCUGAAUUGAUUCUGAAUUGAUUUUUAAUUUUUUUCUGUUAAGAGUAUAUUUAUUUGAAAAGCUGGAAUUGAAAAUUUUUGUUAAGGGGAUAACUUUUCAUUCUGUGAGAGUUAAAUCUUAAUGGCAACCUUGUGAUAAAUCCAUUUUUACAUUUAACAGUUUGAUUCAAAUACAUUUUGGUGUUUUACAAGCAACUGGAUGUCU